AUGCUGGCCAACAACUACGUUGGCACCUCAGUGCAAAAGGGAGGCAUACCUGGUUUUUCUGGGUGUGUCGAACACACAAGCGCUCUGACCCAGCUGCUGCACGAGGCAAGAAUCAACCAGAGAGACUUAACAGUAAUAUGGCUGGACUUGGCUAAUGCAUAUGGAUCUAUACCCCACCGUCUUACUGAUGCGGCACUGACACACUACCACAUCCCGGAACAUGUUCGCAAGCUAGUCACCAAUUAUCUCAGCAACAUACAGAUGAGGUUCUCCUGUGACAGCUUUACAACUUCAUGGAUCCAGUUGGAAAAGGGUAUAGUCACAGGCUGCACAAUCUCUGUUGUCUUAUUUGUGAUGGGCAUGAAUAUGAUCAUAAAGGCAGCAGAAAGGGAGUCUAGGGGUCCCAAAACAAGCUCUGGAAUUCGUCUACCUUCAAACAGGGGAUUUAUGGAUGACAUGACAGUCACCACUGAGACACAUGUCCAAGCAAGGUGGAUUCUGAGAGCUCUGGAUGAGACUGCCACAUGGGCCCAUAUGACUUUCAAACCAAAGAAAUCCAGAUGCUUAGUGAUAAGGAAGGGGAAAGUCACUGAUAGAUUCAAACUCGAAAUACAGGGGGAAGAAAUCCCAUCCCUGGUCAACAACCCUAUCAAGUGCCUUGGCAAGUGGUUUGAUUCUACACUCACCGACAAGGGUAGUCAAGAGAGACUGAGGGAGCAGGUACACGAUGGUCUCCAGAAGAUAAGCAAGACUGAGCUUCCUGGGAAAUUCAAAGCCUGGAUGUUCCAGCAUGGUCUGCUUCCAAGACUUGUAUGGCCACUCAUGGUGUAUGAAGUACCAAUCAGCCUAAUCGAGACGCUAGAGCAAACUGUUAGCAAGUAUCUCAAAAGAUGGCUCGGCUUACCACCAUCUUUUACCAACAUUGGGUUGUAUGGCAAGUGGACAAAACUCCAGUUGCCAUUAACUGCGCUAACAGAGGAGUACAAGGUGACAAAAGCAAGACUCCUGCUCACCCUGAGGGAUUCCGCAGAUGAGAAGAUCAGUAAAGCGGACAUAGAUGUCAGAACAGGAAGAAAGUGGUCCGUACAGCAAGCAGUUGACCAGGCUGAAGCUAAUCUAAGGCACAGGGACACAGUUGGUACAACGAACAUCGGGACAGAAGGGUUUGGACAAAGACAUCAGCAACGCUGGGAACAGGCAAACAGGCUGGAAAAAAGGUCCAUGGUUCAGAAAGAGAUUCGGAGAAGUGAGGAUCAAGCCAGGUCUGCAAGAUCCGUGCAGAUGCCAGUGCAGUGUGCAUGGACAAAAUGGACCGUUCCAGAAAGAACACUUACCUGGCAGGAGUUGUGGAAGUAUGAACCACUUCAACUCAGCUUCUUUCUUCGGUCAGUGUAUGACCUACUUCCAACACCAGCAAAUCUCCACAGGUGGAAGCUUGCAGAUGACCAAAACUGCCCACUGUGCAAUGGAAGGGGCAGCCUCCAGCACACUCUCUCAUCUUGUAAAACUGCGUUGACACAGGGACGUUACCGCUGGCGCCAUGACCAAGUCUUGCGCGAGCUGGCACAUACCUUGGAAAGGGAGAGAAAGAAACCACGAACUCCCAAGAAAGGACCCCAGUUCAUCCCAUUUGUUAAGGAAGGAGGGAAGAAGACCACAACCACUAGCACAUCUGGCUUGCUAGAUGAGGCCAGAAGUUGGGAAAUGCGUGUGGAUCUGGGAAGGAAGCUGGUGUUUCCAAACAUCAUACAAACAAACCUACGUCCAGACAUUGUGCUGUGGUCACAGUCUCCAAAGAAGGUGAUACUGGUGGAACUGACUGUGCCCUGGGAGGAGAGAACAGCAGAAGCGUAUGAACGCAAGUCAGCCAAGUACCAAGACCUGGCAGAUGCCUGCAACGUAGCGGGAUGGAAAACACAUCUAUUCCCGGUAGAAGUCGGCAGCAGAGGAUUCCCAGCCCAAUCACUAUGGAGAAUGCUUGGCGCAUUGGGCAUCAAAGGGAAAGUAAGGAAAGCCACAGCCCAUGCAGUAGGAAAAGCUGCCGAGAGAGCGUCCAGUUGGCUCUGGUUACGCCGAAAUGAUAAGGAAUGGCAGCCAUCGCAGACAAGCAGUGCCUGA